AUGGAGUCCAUCACCACAUCUAUGGAUUCCAUCAAGCGGGUAGCAGAGGGUUUAGCAUCUCUGCUUGCCCUUUUCUUCAUCUGUAAAAUUUGGCAAAAGAGGAAAAGGGAAGGAAGAUGCCGACUAUCGGAACCCAAUGGUUCUUGGCCAAUAGUCGGACACCUCGACCUGCUGACUGGAACCACACCUCUCUAUAGAACUAUCGCUGCUCUUUCAGAGAAGCACGGGCCUCUCUUCAGUCUCCAACUGGGACAAAUGCAUGCCAUUGUGGUGAGCAGCAUGGACCUCGCCAAGGAGUGCUUCACUGUCAAUGACCGAGCAUUUGCCGGUCGGCCACAGCUAGAAGGUUGGAAACACCUUGCCUACGAUCGUGCCAUGUUCUCAUUCAGCCCAUACGGACCUUACUUUUGUGAACUCCACAAGAUCGUCGCCACCGAGCAGCUGUCAAGCCAGCAAUUUGAGCUGCUCAAGCACAUCCGGGUAGACGAGGUGGGCUUCUUGAUGCGGCGCCUGUACGGCAGUUGCAGAAACCAUGAGCCGGUAGAGAUGAAGCAGCAUUUGACCUGCAUGGCCUUGAACAUCAUCCUUAGGAUGAUCGCCGGAAAAUGGUACUUUGAUUUGGACGGUGAAGGAAAAGAGUUUAGUGAAGCUCUGGAUGAGUUUGCCAAUCUAGUUGGUAUGUUCACCGUCUCUGACGCGAUCCCGUGGCUAGAUGUGGGUGGUCACCUCAAUGCCAUGAAAAGGGUUCACCUGAAGAUGGAUGAAGUUGCCUCGGCUUGGCUUGCAGAGCACCGCCGAAAGGAAUCCAGUAGUGCCGACGAGAAGAGAGACUUGAUUGACGUGGUCAUUAAAGAAUUAGAUGACGGUCACUUGUUCGAAAAUCAUCAAACUGAUGCCAUUAUUAAAGCCACCGGUAUGGUAGUAGACAUUGAAGGUCUCAUGGACAGUGUUCCAGAGACAAAUAGUAGCCAUGUAUCUUCAACUUCGUCAUAG